AUGGUACCUGAUUCUUGGCAAGCAGUGUCCGACAAAUACAUAACAGCCCUGCAUGGCCUCGUCGCUGUUGCUGUUAGCACAGCUGUGGCGCCUAUUGAGCGAGUCCAUCUCCUGAUUCAAAAUCAGAAUGAGUUGAUAAAAUUGGGCCACCUAUCUACUCCUUACAAGGGCAUGAGGGACUGCUUUUGCCGAACAAUCAAACAGGAAGGCAUCACUUCCCUGUGGCGAGGGAAUAGUGUGAACAUUCUCAAAGUCUUUACUUCUCAGGCUUUAGUUUUUGCCAUCUAUAAGAACUCUUGGUACAGGGUGGCUAAGAAUGAUGAUUAUGGUAAUUUUAAGUUUCAUGCUGCUGUUGUAUCUGCAACAUUGAUUCAGUAUCCACUGGAUUACGCUCAUACACGUCUUGCCAAUGAUGUCAAAGCUGCCAGAGGACUUCAAUUUUCCUUGGACUCUGCUCAAAAAAAUCUUAUUAAGGAUUUUGGAACUAGGAAGUACACUAGUAUGUUUGAUGUAUACAAACAGACUAUUAAAACGGAGGGCAUGCUUGGACUCUACAGAGGAUACAACUAG